UGCGGCAGGGCCAAUUUCUCCAUUUACAAACUCCGCUCGAGACAAAUUGAAAGAAUUCGCGUUUCUUUUGCUCCUUUUAGCCAAUUUUUUUUGCAGCUUCUCUCACACGUCCCUUUGCGGUCAUUUCCAUUUCGGGGUGGUUCAUCGGCUUCGUGUUUGGAGAAGUAGGUGCCGGUGCUCGACUCGCAUUUUUUGGGGGGAGGAAGCUUGCGGUCUUUGUUCAUUCAUUUGAUCGGUUGGGUUCCUUUGUUGCACCAAAAGCAUGGGAGCACAAACCUCCAAAACCGCUGGAAAGGCGGAAGUUGCUGUGGAAAAGCCAGCAGAAGGAGCAGCUGUUGCUGCAAAGCCCAACGGACAGGAGAAUGGACAUGCCAAGACCAAUGGGGAUACCUCUCCAGCUGCAGAGGAGGCCAACAAGGCUGAUGUACAGGCUAACGGCAGCACUCCUACCGAGGAGGCGCCAAAAGAAGAAGGUGAGAAAGCAGAGGUUGCCGAGGCCAACGGCGAGAAGGAGCCUGCCGCUACAAACGGAGAAGCUUCUGCCAAGCCUGAGGAAGGCACUCCGUCCACCAGCGAGGAUGGAAAGCAAAAGAAGAAGCGUUUCUCCUUCAAGAAACCCUCCUUCAAGCUCAGCGGCUUCACAUUUAAGAAGACCAAGAAGGAGUCUGAGGAUGCAGUAGAGGAAGGAGCGGCCGAAGGACCGGCCGAAGGUGAGAAGGCGGCAGAGGAGGGAACCUCUGAGGAGGCCAAACCGGCUGAGGCCGCUGCGGAGGGAGCCAAAGAAGCUGAAGCUGAGAAGCCAAAGGCUGAAGAGGCGGAGGUGAAGGCGGAGGAACCACCAGUGGCGGCAGAAGGAGGAGAGGAGAAACCAGCUGAGGCUUCACCUACUGAACCAGAGACGGCCGCCAGUCCAGAGGCCGCCGCCGCCGUCGCUGCUGAGUAAUCCUGCUGAACCAGACACCGGAUUGAAGGAGGAGGAGCCUGUCUGAAGGAAUGCGAGGACUUGUCUAAAACCAGGGAUUUUUUUUGUUUAUUUUUUGUUGGUGUUUGUUUACUAUUCUGCAACCAUCUCAUCCAUAAUGACUGCAAGAUCCUUGGCAGUGAUGGACAGGAGGUGUACUGCAGAGUGUGCUGCUUCCUCACUGCCCAUCGGUGCUUGCAUGUGUGACAUUGGCGAGUGUGAAAGUACGGCUGCGAGUGUGAAUGUUUUUUUUCUACAUGGAACCAUGACUGUGUUGACACGUGGCUGAAUUUGACAUAUUUUAUCAAAGUAUUUGGUGCUGGGCAAUUGGAUGUAGCAGCUAAAGCUGUGUCUGCAAGAAUUGACACAUUGUGAUAUUUAAAGGGAAAGUCCUAAACCAAGUCGUAAAUGUUGUCUUUGCAGUGCACAGUUGUUUACAACUCGACGCUCCUGUGGACACAACCAUUCCUGAAUGAAGUAGAUUUAGUUAACUGUCAAAACAGUAGGUGCUCAUCACUUCACAUUAGAUUCCACCAUUUCAAAACUGUAGUAAUGCACGUUGUAUAGACUUUGAUAUUACUGGUUUUAUGACUGAGAUGUACCUAAAUGAUGACGUUUUUAACAGAUUACCCAUUGUAAAUGAAGUUUUUCUUGUUUUUCACCGUUUGUAAGAUUGAAUAAAAUUGGGAGAUGUUUUAAGCAAAUUUUUCAUCACGCUGUGAUUAUGCCACUUAAAAAAAACUACUUCAGAAAGCACACGUUUUGGGUGAACUAUUUAAAUGGCAUCUUUUGUUUUUGUAUAUGAGGCUUCCCCUUAUUCUAUAUGGAAUGUCACAUUGCUUACAAACUGGUUAUAGGUUUUCGGUUUAAUUUCUUGUGGGCACCGAUGAAGAAUAAAGAAAUGACGUGGCA